AUGAAUCAUCGUCAUUUCAUCGCGUCAUUCUCCUACAGUUCCUUUCUGCUAUUUAUUCUUAAAAUCUCCUAUACUUCACACUUUGUGGCUACGGCGUUUGCCAUAUCGUCAACAGGAGGAGAAACCACCAAGAAGGCAGUGUAUCUGGGGAUUGAUGUGGGCACUCAGGGCACCAAGAUUGUUGCCUAUUGUCCUCAAGAAGCCUCAAUCAUAGCCACGGCUUCACGAUCGUACGAUGUAAUGCCUACUGAGGUAACCGGUCGUGCGGAACAAGAUCCAUCUAGCACCUGGAUGCCAGCUAUUGAAGAAUGCUUGAUGGAAGUUGGGCAUACAUUGCAAUUGGAACAGCAGGAUGACAAUGCUGAACCCUCAUCAUACCGAAUCAAGGGGAUUGGAGUAAGUGGGCAGCAGCAUGGUAUGGUAGCGUUGGAUUCCCAGCUGGAACCAUUGCGACCGGCUAAAUUGUGGUGUGAUGUAGAAGCAGUUCAGGAAGCCAAUGAUUUGAAAGAUUACUUUCACAGCCAACAAGGUCAAGGUAACUUGGAUUUCCUAACACCAAGCUUUACAGCUCCCAAGAUACUAUGGAUGAAACGAAACGAGCCCGAACUGUAUGACAAGGCAAAAUGGUUCAUCUUGCCACACGACUAUGUCAUUCUGAAACUCGCCAAUUUACGACGCCCAAUUACUGAUGCUGGCGAUGCCAGUGGGAAUGGAUUCUUCCUAGCAGCCAAACGAGAAAACUCACCAAUCAUUGCCCAAGCCAUUGAUCAAGACAGUAAAGGAGAACAGAGCGGUGAAAGUAAUACAUCAGUAUUGGAAAAGCUUCCGACCAUUCUCAGUCCGAAUCAAGUCACCGGUAUUCUGGAUGAUUACUAUGUGCAAAAGUUGUUGCCGUGGACCGCUAGUGGCAUGAAAGCAGCGAAUAUCAAGGCUAUUCCGGUAUCCGUAGGCUCUGGUGACAACAUGUGUUCAGCUUUGGGUGUGGGAUGCGUAUCUCCAGGUCAAGCGGUCAUGAGUUUGGGUACCUCUGGAACCAUAUUUGCGGUUUCCAAGAGGCCCCCCUCCGGGACCGAUCCCUCUUCCUUGGCUCCCUUUUGCGAUGCUACGGGUCAGUAUCUGCCACUUGCUUGUACAAUUAGUUGCACUGGAGUUCUGACUCAAGUCCUAAAGGAGUGGACUGAUUUUUCGUCUCACGAGGAGGCCUCCAAAUAUGCAGCAUCGGUACCGAUUGGUUGUCAUGGAAUCACCUUCUUGCCCUAUUUAGGCGGUGAACGAACUCCCAAUUGGCCGCAUGCUACUGGAGCAAUCUUGGGAUUAACCUCCAGCAAUUUUCAAUAUGCUAAGGAUCCUGCUGUCAUAUACCGUGCUUGUCUCGAAGCCAUUACCUUUCUCUUGGCAAAUGCUUUGGAAGAGUUUCCCAACAAAAACGACAUUGAUACACUCUUGGUAGUAGGUGGCGGUGCCAAGAAUCCAUUCUGGCAGCAAAUGAUUGCGGACAUUACGAAUCGAAAACUAAUUUUCCCAUUGGAAACAGAAACUGCGGCCUUGGGAGCUGCCUUUCAAGCGGGAGCAGCCGCCAGUGGCAUGGCUGUCGAAGAAUAUGUCAAGGGACAAGCCCAAGCACUGAAACGAAGUCCAGAUACUGUGCAACCCCAGAAUCAUAAAGCCUAUGAAGAAGCUGCAGCAAGGUUUAGGCAAUUUGGAUCUAAUCUAUUUGAUAAACGAAUAUAG